AGGGGGGCGCCGCGGGGCAGGUGGGAAGGGAGGGUGCCAGGUGGGUAGGUGGGGUGAUUAUGGAUUUCAUUGGUUGGUAUCGCAACGAGGGGUUAGUGGGUGAUAAGAUAAGAGGGAAGAAUAGGUGAAGUGUGAUAGCAAGGUGCCGUAGAAUGACUCGUGGUAGAAAUUCACCCACUCGGCCCUCAGUCAUAACACACACGGAGGCAGGACAACGUGGUGUGUCCCCUAUUCCUUCCCUCCCGGCAACCCUCCUUCACUUUUGUCAGUCUCCCAAAAUGCACUAAACACCCACUCCCAUUAGGUACUUUUGCCUUCUACCCAUACUGCGAAGGGGAAAGAAGUAAUAUAUCUACAAAGAAUACCCGACUCGGCUCCAUAUACGCGGAAAUCACCCGUAAAUAGGGUUUGUUUGGGGUAGCAUCGAGGUCCUUUCUCAGUUCCCUUCCCCUCGCUGAGUCACCUCAUCACCAAGUCGUCACACCGUCGCCGCCACAAUGGGAAAGUCGAAUGACGAGAACUGUCUGAAGAAGGCAAGCAACGCGAUAUCCAAUGGCCUCCAAAGGAUCUUCUACAGGUACGGCUGCAGCAUCGCCAAACACCCCUGGAUAUACAUUAUGGUGUGCGUGGUGGUGACGGCCGCCUGCUGCGUCGGCCUCAUGAACUUCUACAGCGAGACGCGCUCCGAGAAGCUCUGGAUCCCGCAGGACUCAGAUUACGUCAAGACCCUCAACUGGCAGGCCGAAAACUUCCCCAACGACCAGCGGGCCCAGCUGAUUCUCUACGAGGCCGAUAACAUACUCCUGGCCGACUACAUACGCGAGAUGUACCGAGAGAGGCUGAAGAUACGUGACAUCGUGGUGACGGAUAAAUACGGGAGGAACCGAACUCAGGAGGAUCUUUGCUACAGAGUCCCCGUACUGGGAAGACAAGCAGCCGGUGGAGUCGCUAUAGCAGACUACGAGAGCGACAGCGAGGUAUUAGACUCGUUCUCGGCCAUGGAGGAGUACGCUCUUCCGGGGACGGGCUGCUACGAACUGAACCUCCUGGACGUGUGGAAGGACGACGGGGCCAUCUUCGAGGCCUUGACGGACGAUGACGUGAUCAGAGACGUCAACGCCGCCAACACCAGCGCGUCCUUGGGCUUCCCGAUUGAUUUCACGGGUCUGCUGGGCGCCGCGGAGUAUACUGACGGGCGGGUUGUGAAGGCCAGGAGCGCGCUGACCACGGUACUGAUGAAGGUGAACAGGACCGAGGUGGACCAGGGGGACAUGGGCACCGGCGAGGGACUGACCGAAGAUGUGGACUUGGAGCUGUAUGACUGGGAAUUGGAGUUUAUCAAUGUCAUGCAGGAUGCCUCUGGACGACCGGAGGGCCUCACCGUCUACUUCCAAUCAGCGCGGAGCUACGGUGAGAUCGCCGGAGACACCAUCGUGGGGGACGUGUUCUACCUGGCCGUGGGGAUGCUGCUGCUCUUCGUGUUCGUGCAAGUGAUGCUGGGGAAGUUCAACAUGGUGGAGACGCGGCCCGUGUUGUCCCUGCUGGGCCUGGUGUCCGUGGGCAUGGCCGUGGGCGUAUCCUUCGGCCUGUGCUCAGCCUUCGGGAUCCCCUACGGCCCCGUGCACUCCGUCCUGCCGCUGCUGAUGCUGGGGCUGGGCGUGGACGACAUGUUUGUGAUCGUGCAGUGCUGGUAUAACCUGGACAAGACGGAGCGGCGGCAGGAGCUUCAGGAGCGGGUGGGCCUGGCCUUGAGGCACGCCGGGGUAGCCAUCACCAUCACCUCACUCACGGACUUUGUAGCCUUCGCCAUCGGGGCCAGCACGGUCCUCCCGGCUCUCCAGUCCUUCUGCAUCUACUGUGCCAUCGGUAUUGUGGCACUGUAUGCAUUCCAGGCCACCUUCUUCGUGGCCUGGUUUACUCUCGACCAGACGAGGCUGGAGAAACACCGCAAUGGACUGUUCUGGUGCUACACACAUAAAAACUGGACCCCCAACGCCUGCUCCCAGAGGGACUUUUGUCAAACGUUCUUCACUCGAGUCUAUGCAAAGUACCUGCUCAUGAAGCCAGUCAAGGUGCUGGUUCUUGCAGUGACAGCGGCAAUGCUGGGAACCUGCAUUUGGGGAGUGACCAACCUGAGGCAGGAGUUCAACCCAGUGUGGUUCCUUCCUGAGUCAUCGUACCUCUACCAGUUCAUCUCACGGGUCCAGUACUACUACCCACAGUCAGGGGAGCAAGGCUUGGUGUACCUGGGAGCCCUUAACUACUCUGCUGAGCUACCAAAGAUUUAUAACCUGGAGGAGCAGAUGAGGGGCAGCGAAUACAUCUCCUCCAUAGAUUCGUGGUAUGACGGUCUAGUCACCCACGCCCUGGAGACGACUGGAGAAGAUAUUACAGGCAAGGCAGUGAAUGAAUCCUACUUUGAGGAUAUACUCCAAGGAUUCCUCUUCUCCAGUGAGGGUGGUCGCUACCUGCAAAACUUUAGGUUUUUGGAUGGUGAACCAUUUAUUUUAGAGGCCAGCAAGUUUAGUUAUCGCCACAUUAUCCUCAACACCUCCAGUCAGAGGAUCUCAGCCAUGGAUGAGAUGAAGGACUUUGUGAACUCUGCAGGUUUCUCUGAUUUUGCUGCCCCCAUCGCUGCUGAGUAUAGUAACUGGGAAACAGACAAGAUCAUUGCAGAAGAGCUCAUUCGCAACCUUGCCUUGGCCAUGGUAGCCGUGUUCAUAAUGACGUUAGUGCUGCUGGCCAGCCUCAUCAGCUCCUUCUAUGUGCUGAUAUGUGUGGCAUUAACAUUGGUGGAUGUGAUGGCCCUGAUGACGUGGUGGGGGCUUACCAUUGAUACGGUGUCCUGCAUCAACUUGGUCCUCUGCAUUGGUCUGUGUGUUGACUACUCCGUCCACAUUGCUCUCCACUUCAUGCAGAUUAAGGGGAGCCGGGAUGAGAGGGUGCGAGUGACAGUGGGGGAGAUGGGUCCACCUGUGCUCAAUGGUGCUUUCUCCACUUUCCUCUCAUUCAUCCUCUUGGCAGGCUCAGAGUCACAUGUCUUUGAGUCAUUCUUCAAGAUCUUCUUCGGGGUGUUUGUUUUUGGUGUGUUCCAUGGACUUGUGUUCCUACCGGUGCUGCUAAGUCUGGUUGGCCCUGCACCCUACAAUACUGUGUCACCUGCACUACUUGAAAGCACAGAAGAUACAAGCUCCUCCAGCUGUAAGCAAUUGGAGAUUAAUGGGCAUACAUUUACUCAGCACAUCUGAAUGAAAAUGGCUUGAGUGCCAUUGAAAUCUCAAGAAAGAACACAAAUUAUUUUUGGUAUAAUCUAUAAGCUAAGGAUGAACAUAAUUGUAAAUUCCAUUAACUUUGUCUUCGUUUGUUGCGAUCAGGUUAGAUGCUGUGUUUUUGCAGCACCAGCAGUUUGCUGACUAACUUGGCCACAGGUAAGUGUUCCAGGAUGAUUGGGUUGGGUUGCUGUAGUUCAUCAGAUAUUUGAAGGGCAUUAAUAGAAGUAUUGAAUUAACCCGGUAGCAGCGGGAAUCAUGUUUCUUAAUGGUCCCUCUAAGCAAGAAAAAAUAGAGAAAAUCAUCACUCACACAAACCAUUUCAUAAUAUAUAUCAAAGCAUUUGUGAUCAGUUUAUGUAUCAUCUAUUUUGGGGAGUUUAUAUCAUGGCACAAAUUUGGCCCCUCGCUACCAGGUUAAACUAUUUAUUUAUUUAUUGCGUUCUACAAAAAGUCAUGUGAAGUUUGGUGCAAAAGGUGCCUGAAAAGUAGUUAUUAAUUGAAUGGGAGGUGUUGACCACAGUACCUUUCAUGGUUGCCAUUUGACUUCAUUAAAAAAAAGUUAUAAGGGGCUACUUUGGAACAUAGAUUCAAAAGUUGCAGGUUUGUAACCUUCCAUCAUAAACUUUCUGGUUUUGUCGUUGCUUUUCCUUAUGUAGUCACGGACAGAAGUGAUGUUACAGAUUUCAGAACAGUUCAGUCAGCUAUUUAUUUAAUUAGAUAUUAUACACACACACACACACACACACACACACACACACACAAACUAUUAGACUGUUGAUCCAACUCUUGUAAGAUCUUGUGUGCAGCCUAGCAUCACAAGGUGUUCUCCUCACACUGAGCAAAAACAUUUCAUAAAUCUUUGUCCAUUGUUCUCCAACACUCAAAUGGUAUAAUUUUAUCCCAAGAGUUAAAAUUAUGUGCAAGUAUUAACAUUGAAUAUUGAUUUUAUGUUAGUUUCAAUAAAAGUUGGAUUUCAUAAUAAUAUUACCUCCUUUUAUUUUUCAGUAGGUAAUUUACAAAUUUAGUGCUUGUGAGUCAAAUCAAAAGGUAAAACUCUGUAGUGCCUGUGAACGAAAGUUACUAAAAUCUGUGUCUUCACUUCCACAACUGUAUAUUAUAUUUUGACUUGGUUGGUAGAUACAAUUUUUUUUCCCAUACAGAUAUGCCUCUGCUCCAUGAAAGUAAUGCCCAUGUAGUAGAAUAAUCAGAAAUGAUAGAAAGUUUGGAGGCCAGAUUUGUGUGCAGGCUCUGGGAGGCCAACACAAUGAAUGCCUGAGCUUUAAGCCAUGAACACAGCAGCAGAGCUAUUGAGUUCUCUGGCGGCCAGAUGGGCUAAUUCAGUAUCUAAGUGAGUGAAGGAAUUCAGAUUGCAAAGUCAGUUCUCUUAACAUCUGGGAAUGGAAAUUAAAAAGAUGAAAAAGAUAAAUCAUGGGGCAAAGUCUGUUGAAAAUAUGAAAGCCAAGAUGGAAUACAUAUCUGUUUAGGGGCCUAGUGAUGGAAGGUGGCAUACUUUUAACUUUCCAUCUUGUUGCUGGGGCAAGUGAAUCUGCGAGGCUUGCGUGUGCCCCUCAAGAGGCAGGGGGGUGGGAGUGUUGGGACGGCAUGAAAGAUGUGGCAAAGUGCUGAGCUCGGCACAGCCACAAGUGAAUGAGUCGUGUACCAUCUCACUGGCCACCGACACAUGAACAUAAUGCUGUUGCCAAAUGUUGAGGAGUCUCAGAUUCUACUACACUCCCAUUCCUGUGGCUCUGUACAGUUUGUAACCCUCUAAUAGCCCACAACUUAUUAUGCAUCAAACCUGUUUAAAUCAGAAUUUAUAAAGCAAGGUGGACUACAGGGCACAAACUAUGGCACUCAAGAGCCACAAAGAUGCACACUUUAGCUCUUUUUGGUGGGUAAGAAAGAUCAAGUCUUCCUGCUCAUGAUGUCUCCUGUUCGCACGGAUGAUAUUUGCCGAAGGUGAAAAUAACAAAAUUUGAAUGAGUCCGUACAAAUCUGAUUUUUUUGUUGAAUGGCAUAGGUGGCUAUAUUGUAGCUCCUGAAUUGAAACAAAUGAUUCUCCAUUGAUUGCUGUAGUGGAUAUCAGUCCAUUACUACAUACUUAGGAAUCAGCUGCUGGUAAGGCAUAGGUAAACAUUGUCAAAUUGCAGAGGUUAACAUUCACCACUGUGAGGCACUCUUCACAUUAUGAGGUGUGAUGAAAGUGAGUGUCAUGUUUUUUAAAGGGGCAGCCAUAGUGGGUAAUGAUUUUGAUGAAUAAAGCAUUCACUUCAUGUCUCUUGGCACAGUUUGUAAAAUAAUAUUCAUGAGCCUCAAUUGUUGGCAUUCAGGCUCAAUUAUGGUUCUGUUUUUCUGUUGUGUAAGAAUUAAAUAGGAUGUAAGCCCAUUAGUAACCGUAUGAUUUCCAAGAAUGGUGUCUUGAGGUUAAUGCCAAGCAUUAAUCACAAAACUAAUAUUCUUACAUUGUCCUCGAAAGAGCAGUAGGACCAUCCAGUAUGGAUGUUACUUUAGGUUAACACAUUUUGUAGUGAUAGAAAUAUUGAGGUCAAAUGCAGAGACAA